UAUGGAUCCGUGCAUAUGGAGACAGAGAACAACUUGCAAGAGUCGGUUCUUUCCUACCAUGUGCGCCCUGGACAUUGGGCUCAGGGAGACACCACCGUCUACUACUUCAUCCUAGAUGUGAAAGAAUCUGACUGCAGGGUCCUAUCCACAAAAUCCGAGAAUGACUGUCUUGAAGCUUCGCGGCCAUCUGAAAUCGUGACUGGACAAUGUAAGGUCAUAGCUACAAGAUACUCUAGCGAGUCUCCAGACUUUAGAGUGAACGACUAUAACUGUACCACGAGCUCUGUCUCCUCAGCCCUGAGCAACACCAAAGACAGCCCCGUGCUCCUGGAUUACCUUGGAGAGUCCGAGAUUCACAGACAACAAGCCCAUAAUGCCCUGGACAAGUACAAAGAGGAGAACGAUGGCUUCGCCUCUUUCCGAGUGGACCAAGUAGAGAGGGUUAUAAAAGCGAGAGGAGGGGAAAGAACCAAUUACUAUGUGGACUUCUCUAUGCGGAACUGCUCUACACAGCAUUUCCACAGAAGGCCUCCAGUCUUUGGAUUCUGCAGAGCAGUUUUGUCCUACAACGUAGAUGCCACCGACUUGGAAACCCCAGAAAACAUUGACAUAAUAUGUAAGGAGUGUCUUUACACUCAACAGGGCCACACCUACUCCAACAAGGCCACACCCACUCCAACAAGGCCACACCCACUCCAAUAAGACCACACCCACUCUAACAGGGCCACACCCACUCCAA